ACGCGGUGCCACGCAGUGAUGAUACUGUUCUCUUGCGACCCCAGCCGGAUGUUUUUUGUCAGUAGGUCGAGCGGUGCGCGUGCGCAGUACAGAGGCAGAGAGGGCUGUGAGGGGGGCGAGCCCGGCCGUGUGUCUGUUGUUUCAGACGCCGAGGACAUUAUCAGUGAAGAGUGAGGGAAAGAUUGUGCGUUUCCUUUUUCUUUUGGGGGCAGGGAUGGCAAGCAUUAAGCUGAUUUCUGCAGCAGAUACUCAGUACCCUGGAACCCUGCUGAAGUGUCUUAGUGAACAGCGCACAUUAGGACUUUUCUGUGAUGUGACCAUCAUUGUACAGGAUCGCAAAUUUAGGGCUCACAAAAAUAUUCUGUCUGCCUCAAGUUCAUACUUCCAUCAAAUUUUUUCAGUUGCUGGGCAGGUGAUUGAGAUAAACUUCAUAAAACCUGAAAUUUUUGAAGAAAUCCUUAACUACAUUUACAGCUCAAAAAUCAUCCGCGUUAGAUCCGAUAUGCUUGAGGAGCUCAUUAAGAGUGGACAGACAUUAGGAGUCAAGUUCAUAGCAAAUCUUGGUUUGCCUUUGUCCCAGGUGAAGGGUAUACCUGGCUUAUCGAAAGAUGAAUCACAGCAGGAUGUAGGAUCUGGAGCAGCAUCUCAAGAACAAGGUGCAUCUGGAAAGAGUAAUGCAAAAAAUGACCAGAAUGCACAUGUAGAAAUAAUGCCUAUAAUUACAGAGGCUUAUUCACUCUCUGCUGAAGAAUUCACACAGUCAGAAAGUUAUGAAGAUAAUGACAAUGAUUCUGAUAGUGAUGAUGUCAUUUUCUGCUCUGAGAUUGUUGCCCCUAAAUCUACACUAGGCAGCAGCUCAGCUAAUUCAGUCUCCGAAGUAAUAGACCUGGAGGCAGAAAGUCAAGAAGAGAAUACUAGCGUAGAAAAUAGCGCUGUUGCUCCUGUCAGCAACUCCUCAGGGUUGAAUGAAGAAAGUAAUGGUAAUUCCGACUCAGAUGGAAAAAACAAUUUACCUGAAACUGUGGAUGACCCAAAGCCAGUGUCUGCCACUGUGUCAGCCCCAAGCCAGGUAGAUUCAAAUUCUGUUGUCUGCCCCCAAAAACCCACCUCUUCUGAUGCUACUGCCAAUUUGUCUUCUCCUGCUGGCUCUUCUUCUUGGGAUAGCUUUUGCAGUCCUCCUUCUACUCCAGUUCCAGUGACAAAUUCCCCAAUAGAAGCAUAUCCUAGUCCUAAAGAGAAAGAAAAUAAUGAGGGAAGUGGAGUACAGAAGAAACAAGUAACUGCUCUAUUGGAGAAGUCUCCCUCUAGACCUGGAGAGUUUAAAAUCAAGCUCUCAGAUGUGGGUACUGGAAGCACUUCUGCUAAAACUGUCCCAUCAAAUAGUCCAAAGAAUCUUCUAGCUGGGAAAACUAUCACCUUAGAUAAAUCUGCUGAGAUUGAUGCUUUAUCUACAGGCUGCAAAGUGUAUGCCAAUAUUGGGGAAAACACUUAUGACAUUGUCAUACCAGUAAAGGAUGAUCCUGGUGAAGGAUAUUCAAAGGACAGUGACGAAAAGAAAGCCAAAUUGGCCUCAUCAGAUAUUCCAGAUUCCCCUGGUCGUAAGCGUAUAAAAGUGAAACAUGAUGAUCAUUAUGAGCUUAUUAUGGAUGGUAAGAUCUAUUAUAUUUGCAUCGUUUGUAGACGGUCUUAUGUGUGCCUAACCAGUCUACGGAGACACUUUAACACACAUUCCUGGGAGAGGAAAUAUCCAUGUCGAUAUUGUGAUAAAGUGUUUGCUCUAGCAGAGUACAGAACAAAGCAUGAAAUUCACCAUACUGGAGAGCGCCGCUACCAGUGCUUGCUAUGUGAGGAGUUUUUUAUCAACUACCAGGUGUUAUCUUCUCAUUGCAAAUCCAUUCACAAUCAGGAUCCAUCAGGAAAAAAAGAGAAGGAUGAUGCUGAAAUCAAACUGUACCGGCUUUUACCUUGCAAGUCUUUGCAACUUAGGCCAUAUUCCUAUGUUUCUAAUCCUUCUGGCAAAAUUCCAGUUAUAAAUGAUGAAGGACUUGUAUAUCAGAUACCUGACAGCAAACCACCAGCAAAUGAUAAUACACAGUCCCAACCACUUCCAGCUAACAAGCAGGCUGUGAACUGGGAUGAUAUAUUUGUUCAUCCUGGUAGUCAGCCUCCCUCUUACAUGCAUCCUCCUGAAGGCACUUCUGAAUUUGAAUUUAUUAUACCAGAGACAUAUUAAGAUGGGUAUUGAUUGUAGAAGGUAACAGGCAGCAAGUAUGGCCUGUUCUCUUGGGUCCAAGAAAAACUCCUACACAGAGCUGUUGGUUCUCAGUUUAGAUCACAGGUAGGAGAUUUUAGUACUUUUGCAGUGGCUUGCUGUAGAUGGACUUUGAAAGACAUUGUGGUCAUUUUCCUGUUUUAUCAUUGGUUUAAAAUAUGGAAAAGUCCAGCGUACUACAUUUUUUUUUAUACAACAUCAUUUUUAAUAAAAAGGGUGAUUUGGUUUCAGCUGCUUUAGAAGGGCAUCAAAGAACUCAUCUAAUUCCAGUAUCUCUGAAACUGGCACUUGCAUCUCUUUGUUAUAUUUUAACAUUUUAAAGGAACAAAUGUUUCUCAAAAUGUGAAAUGAAAUAUUGAAGAAUUUUAGCAGAAUCAUUUUCUGACUUGAACCUCUUGCAUUCUUACCUGCGUUCAUAAAAAGCACACCGAAAGUAAAGCAGAUUUCUGCCACUCCACACUUUAUAUUAUAAACUUUUUGUUUAACAUGAAAUAAACCUAUACAGAAACAUUUAAAAUGCAGCAACUUCUUCAUAUCAAGGUUUUAACAUAUUUACAGAGUAUGCUCAGAAUUCUGCCAGACCAGGAUGGGAUAUGUCUGAACAGUUAACAGAAAAACAAAUAAUAUGCUUCUACUCUUCCCUUGAUAUGAUUUUCAUGUUGAUAAAAGUAUUGGGCUUCAGGUAUCCUAUGAAUUAUAUCCAUGUUUAAAAUAUAACAUGGGUGAUUUUUGUAUUUUGUUGUAGUCCUUUUAAAUUUUUUACAUCUAAACUUAAUAAUUGUCAUAUUGGUGAUGUGAAAAUAUUAGUUUAUUAGACUCAUUAAAGUUGUAACAUCACUAUAAGGAAAUAAAAAAAUCAAAAUGUUUUAUUGUCUAGUCUGAAAUUUAAAGUAAAAAUUAAGAGCAUUUUCUGUUCAUCACAGUACCUAAUAUUUUUACACUUGGCAUUAUUGUGUACCUGGAGUAAAGCAAGACUAUACAAAAAUCUCUUAACCACAAUGGGAGAAGUGACUGUUCAAUUGUUUAAUUUUCUGAUUAACUGUAAGUUAAUGUCUUUAUUCUUGACAAAGAGUUUUGAGCUGUUCUGUUUUGCUUUUCCAUUAGCAACUAGGCAGAUUCAAGCAAGUUCUGGUUCUUGUUUUGUUUCCCUUUCAUUUUUUUCUAAGGGUUCAUGGAACCUAACUAUGAAAUUUACAUUCAUGGUUGUUUCUUGCUUUUUAUGUGGAUCUUACACCAAUCUGAUAAUGACAAGGCAAUGGUCAUUUUACAGGCACUAUUAGGUUACAACCUUGUUUGUAAUGUAGAUGUCAAGUUUACGUGAGAUUUAUUUUUCUGUGUGUUAUCUUUAAACAUGUAUUUUAGUUAUAGUUUGUUGUUUUGUUAUACUGACUUUUUAUGUAAAAUGGAGAAAUACUCGUACUGGACCACUGAGGUGGUACAAUUAAUUGACAGUGUUCAAGCUGACAUUUCAAUUUGUGAUAUUUUAUUGCAUAUAAGCAAAGAAGCUAUUAGAAUCUGGUAUCCUGCCAGUGUAAAACAAUGGCAAGAAAAAUUGAAACAAGAGUUUGGGGAAAGGGAUGUAAUUUUUUUUUCUGCAGUAACUUGUUCCCUUUCAAUUAUAAUGGUAAGUAAGCAAAUCUGUAUUGCAUAAAUUUGAUGUAAUCAUUCCACAAAUAGAACCUUCUUUUCGAGUUCUUUUUUGUAAUGCAAAAACACCUGGAACCAGGCUGUUAAGUCCCUUUCUUGCUCCUGAGGCUAUUCAAAAGUGACAAUAGAGGGCUUUUGGGAAAAGUUUUCAAUAGUAGUACUCUCUCCUAAAAAAGUGCAGAUUCUGAAGCAUUGAGAAAUAUGGUUGGUGUCCGUCUACUAUUGUCCCAUGAUUCUUUCAUUAAUUGUGGUUGUUGAUUUAAAAGAUCACAUUUUAUUCAUUGUUUGUAAAGUCUUUUUUUUUUUUUAUUAUUCACUUAAGUUUGGUCAUGUUGUGCAACAGUGAAAAACGUAGAAAAUACUAUUUUCCUUCAUGCAGGAUACAUUGAGUACUUUGUUGACAUGCUGUGUCGGCAAAAUGAACUACUUUCCUCACUACAAAGGCAUUCAAGCUGAUUAACCUUUUGUUGCAUUAAAUUGCAUUGUAAUUUCAAUACAUAGUACUUUUAAUUUGUAACAAAGGUGAAACAAAUUAUAUUUUUGUAUAUUUAUAUUUAUAUCUUGUGUUAUGCUGUGAUUACCUGCUUAGUUGACAUACUUUGUGAGUCCUGAAUUUCCCAAUUUUUGUUUAUCUGUACGUUUAUGGGGAAAAUGCGUGUUAAAACUCUUGGAAACGACAGGUUUACAGUUUAAAUACUACUGUUCACUUUGAUAUAGUUUUUGAAUCUUUCUUUAUUCAUGUACUAAGAAAAUGAGUGUCUGUUAAAAUGUCUGUCCAUAUUCAAAGCACUUUGAAAUAGUAUUAACCAUUAGAGGCACAAUAAAAUACAAAAUGAUUCAUGUAAAAUUUGUCAUGUACAUAAUACAGUGAAAUUCAUACUUGCAUGUCUCCGUAGACAGUUGACAAAAACACAAUACCAAAAAGAAACACAAAAUGAAUGCUGCCCGAGUUGGACUGUAUUCAUGAACAUUUUUGGCCAUUGAAUAUCUUGAAUCCUUAAAGCUCUUGCUCUAACUUGAAAUAGUUCCAAAAGUAGAAACUUAAUUAGAAUUUUUCUCAGUUGAAGUUGUGAAGUUUAUGAGUACAACAUCUGUUCAUCCUCUUUGCCAAAUGAGCAAUAAAUCAUUUAUAUAUAUUUUUCUAUUCUACAUCAGUAGAGCUACAAUAUGCAUACAGGUCCACCUAUUUCUUUAUCUAUAACCUCUGCUGCAAUAAUGCCACUGUGCACUUAUUCGUCUUGAGAAGAUAUAAUCUAAAGCUUUUUUGAUUAUGCAUAGUCAACUUUUCCCUUUGAAGCUACAUGUUUAAUGUACUGUAUUUUAAAAUUAGUUAAAAAUUGCCCUGUAGCAGGAGCUUUGAGGCCAGGGAAGGACCCUCAUAACAGUGAAUCAAAAACUAUUGAUCCAGUGCAGGCAGUGCCUGAGCUAAACUGGAAAAAAAAUCCAUAUUCACUUGGGAACUGUAACAUCAUGAAACAUUUUAAAAUGCAUUUUAAGCAUGAUACUGUUAAUUUUUUUUUUUUUUUUAGCAAAGUAUAGUGUAAAAGUGCUCCGAUACUAUUGGAUCCUGUAACAUACAGUUUUUUUACUUUUGUUUAUUAAAGCCAUUGAAAUUGCUAACUGAUUUUGUCUCAGUUUUGUUCUGAGGAUGUGAUUGUUUUCCAUUUUGAAAUUAUUUUGCAUUUAUUUUAUGCAAAAGUGGAAAUGCAUUAAAAGAUAAUACAGUGAUGCAUGUAUCUUACAGUGAUUGAAAAGCACUAUUAAGUGAGUGCAUUUAUGUAUUGCUAAUCGUUCAUUUAAGUAGUCAAGUGGUCAAGCAGGGUAUCUAAAGUAAUUAAGAACUGUGUUUGGAAAAGUCCACAUGUUGAGAAUAUUGUGAUGACAAGGUGUAACUUAAUUGGUUAGUGUCAAAACAAAUACGAGGCAUUUUAACUUUAAGGAAAAGAGCAUAUUCCAGGCAUUUAUGAUCAUAGGCUGCUGUUGUCUUUUAAAAUGUUUGUAGUUUUUGUUUCACACACAUUUUGGAUAUAGUGUUUUUUUUUUUUUUAAUUUUAUAGUACAGUACUACAUUAAGUUGCAUUAGUGCAUUCACUAAUCUGGACUAGAUCCUGAAUACAAAACUUUCUUAGCGCUUUGAGUACUGAGAAAAGCGCUAUAUAAAUGUAAUGAAUUAUUAUUAUUAUUAUUAUUAUUAUUAUUAUAUUGCAGACAAAGUAGGUCACUUCUCUUUUGACUAAGCUUGCCUGUGGUUCUUUUAAUUCUUCUUGAUCGUGAGCACCCAAACCCUUUUAUCAUUGUUAGAAAAUUCUGUUACUUUGCCCUUUGGAUCAUUAGUUUAAACCUGUACAUUGUAAAGUCUGAGAUAACAUGAUGUUAGUGCAUUUAUUAUUUCAUGUGUCUCAGAAUUUUGAACAGGAUAACAAAGGAAUUAACUUGAAUUCAUUUAUUAUGCAAUAUUAAUGUGAGUAAGUGGGUUUCUUUCCACAGGUAAACUAAUUAGGCUUGUUAGAAACUAUCAAUAGUCCUUGUGUCAAUGUGCAGGUUUACAGUGUAAAGCUGGUUUAUUCCAUGUGCCUUGUACUGAUUGGACAGGUUGUGACUCCUUGCCACCCUUUACUGGAAACUUUGGCCCAGGGAAUAGAUCAGUUGUUUCACUGUUACUAAAUAUAAAGUGGAGAAGCAGCACAUAGGCACCAUAUUUUAGUGUGUACUCGGUACAGUUUUGAUGCCAUGCAUUUUUUGGCUUAUCAUUGCUUCAGGCCCUGUUUAAACUAUUUUCUGUGUAGCAUCCUCUAUAUUGAUUAAGUUCAAUACUUGAUGAAAACGUUGACUGCAAGCACUUAUACUGUAGUCAUAGCAUAUUUAUUGCAUUAAAGAUAAUGGAAACGUAAAAAAAGGAAAGCACUUUUUGCUUUUAGUGUCUGAGCAGUUAAAAUGUAUGUUAUGGUAAAUAUACUUCUGGACAUUUGUCUUUCUGCUCAGCGUGUUCUAAACAGAAACUAAUUUUUUUAAUUUGAAAAGAGUAAAGGGGUAAAAUAUUCAUGGUGUUUGUAUAGUUUUGGAAUGGGGAAGAUAAAGUCUAUUUUUACUUUUUAAUGUACAUGCAUUGGUGGAAAGGUUAGGGUUUUAGUGAUAUGAAAUCUUGUAGGUGCAGUUUAUUUUAGCAAAUAAUUCCAAAGCAACAUAUAACUUAGUUAAUAUUUUAACUCUUUGUGUUAGGUAAGCAGUGUGAUCUUUUUCAACUAAAAAUUUAUUCAGGGUUGUAAAACAAAUGGCUACAAUACCAAAUCAGUUGGUCAGUAUGAGGCAAAAAAGAAAAGGUUAUUUGCAUAUUUUUUUAAAAAGUUUAAAGUACACAGUACAUACCACCUUGUGUUUGGAUGAAAGUAAACUCCUUUGGUCCUUUUAGCAAAUGUGUAAGUCCAUUAGAAACAACAACUUCAGCAGCAUUUAGACUACAAGCUCAGCAUCACUGUUAAAUAGCUGAAAUUGGUCUGGAUGAUUGAAUUGGAUUCUGCCACAUUUUUCCAAGGACUUUAUAUAAUGUACUAAUUUUAUUUUAAUGCUUUACAAUUCAAAGUAAAUAUGUGGAUCAUUAGCUGGUACUGCUAACUAAUGUAAACACCUCAAAAAUUGAAAUUUGUGUAUUAACAGUGUAUGGGUGCAACCAACCCCCAAGUUUUCCCUGUCAUUGACUUUUUAAAUUGCAUUGAAUUAAGUGUAGAGACACAACUUGCAAAAGGCUAUUCUUUAUUUAACUCAAGAAUGUUAGUCCUGACACGAAAUUGAACUUGUGUGUGUUGUGUCAUUGUCAACUGAUUAUAUAAUGCAAGUGCUGCUUUUCAUUGUGUUGAAAACAGUUGGUUAGAUGAAAAAAGACAACCUUUGGAGUUGCUAGAUGAAAUUUUAAAAAAUGUAAAAAUAAAGCAUGACAAUUGCAGAUCCUAAAGCAUUCUUUAUUUUUUUUAUUUUGCUUAAUUUUUCUUAGAGAUAAACGAUCAACUAACAGAGUAAUUGAGGCAAAUGGGACUUAAAAGAAACUUGAAUGACUCCAAAAGACAAAGACAUUACUAAGAAACUUGACACAUUUGAAUUGUAUCUGAAUAAAGUAUCUUUUUUAUACAAAACACCUUGCCUGAUGAAGGGUCCUUAGCUGCCUCGAAAGCUUGCAUUUGUAAUCUAUUUUAGUUGGCCAAUAAAAGGUGUCAUUUCACCCUACUUUCUCCUGUACAAAACAGUUGAAAUUCAAAGGAAUCGUCAUGGCAUAGUUUCAAGCAAAAACUAAGUAGAAGAGGGAGCCAUUUCUUUCUGCUUCAGCACCGAAACACCAUAUGAAGCAUAAAGUAAUUUACUUCUGACCAAUGUGUCCUUUUCAGAAAUUUUUUAACUAAUUGUCAAGUGGUUUGGGUAUUGGAACAUGUAGGUGGUAAUAGGUUGAGAUGAAUAGAUCCUGUUUCUAGAUUUACAAUUUUAAAUUAUGUGGGGUUUAAUUAAACAAUCUUUUUGUGUGUGGAACAAAUGGUGUAUGUAAUACCUUUUUAUCCAAAUAGCAUUUAGUAACAAGUACAAAACAGAUCUGAAAGUGAAAUAUUUAUAAAUAGCAUCUGAAAGUUGGUUGUUUAAUUUCAAAAGAGACUUGGGAAUAAAAGUUAACCCAUAACCCCUCAUACUUUUGUCAGUUUUUCACCAUGUGGUUUAUAGGAGCAGAUAGUUUGCAAAUUUUGUAUUUUUCUUGUUUGAAGCAUUAUACUUUUAAACACUUUAAUGAAGCCAUUAAAUAUUGACUGCUUGAGAAAAAAAACUUUAUGUGGAAGUCCAUCAGGUCAAGUAGAGCAACUUGAGUGUGAUGGACUGUUUAGUCUACUGUUACAUUCUGUAAAGGUUUUCAUUUUUUAUUCAUUUAUUUAUAACUGGUAUGUAAUUAAUUUGCUAUUCUGACAUGCACUAAUUUCAACAGUGCAACUUUGUUUCUAACAAUGAAAUUUGUAAACUAAUUGUAAAUAAUUGUAGUAAAACUUUUUCUUCAUCCGAGGAUUUGUCUUAUGUAUUUGAGAUCUUAUUUAUAUAGGUCUUAGUUUCCAAAAAGGAAAUAAAACUAUGAAUCCAAGUUUAAGUCUGUGUUUGUCUUUGAGGAAAUGCACAAGUAUAUCUGUCAAUUUUUAAACAAUGUAAAUGUUCUAUCUUUCCUUUUAGUGUAAUUUUGAGUGUUCAAUACAGUUCUCCAGUGGCUAUCUGUAUUAGUUCUUAAGAUAAACAACAACAUUUUUACGAAGAAAAUAUGUCAUACAAAAAAGGUAUUUUGUGCAUUUACAGAUUUUUUGAGCUGCUUCAAUCAAAGGUGUCCAUUAUCAGAUUAUACUUUUUAUGAUAAUGACAAAUGCAAAUGAAAUAGUACCAUACUUCGCCAGUGCUGUUACUACCUCACAGUAUGUGGACCUAAGCUCAUUGCCAAGCUUAAAUGCCUUUUGCAUAGUCUAUAUUUGCAUUGCGUUCCUGUGAAAUUCCUCUGACAGCUAGGCAUAUUAGGUUCAUCAAAAUGUAUAAAGUGUGAAUGAUUUUUGGUACAUCAUAGUCAUUGUCAUAGCCAGAGGUAAUGUUUUACUUGUGAUCAUUGUUUCCAGGCUAGCCUUAGGCUCCUUGCCACAUUGCACUAAAGCAGUAUUUUCGGAAAUUGAAUAACUCAAAUUGAGAUCCUUUGUUUUCUCAUUUUCUUGUAACGCUUUUUGUUUAAUUUAGCCAAAUGUUUUAUUGAUACCAUUUUGUAUUACCAUUGUGCAAGGACCUAUGUAUUAAAGUUUCUGUGUAUUUACUUAAAAUUUAAUGAAAUAAUCAGUUGAAUUAAUGUCAGGAGAAGGAGGGGUGGUAAAGAUGCGAUGAAGUCAAGUUAGCAAAUUAAGUAAAUAAAGUACAUUUUAAAAUUUACUUAACUGAUUUUGAUGUUCAGGGCUAAUCAAUAGAAAUUUUUUAUACAGCUUGGAAGAAUUCAUGAUAUUAUUUACAUUGCAUAUGCAGAGAACCUUUAUUUUGCAGUAAAAGUCCAUUAUUGAUGCAGUUACUGUAUGUUGCUAAUUGUUAUAUAA